AUGAGGAUGAUUUGCGAGAAGAGGAGCCUGAGCUCGAUCGAGCUGAGGAUCGAGCUGAGUCGAGCUGAGGAUCGAGCUGAAGAUGCCAGGAGAGUGCGGAUUUGGAGGAUUGGACUUCUCCAAAAGUUCAACAAAUGGCAAGGGAAAGCCAUUGAGAAGAUGCAAAAGUCCAUGGACAAGAUGAUCACUCCUCACCACCCAAGGAGGCUCCCUGCCCAAGAGCCUCACAGAGCCUCUUCUUUCGAGCCAAGGGAAGGAGAAGACAACACGCAGAGAAGGAGGAAGACUUCCAAGGCCAGACGCUCCAGCUCGACCACCGGACUCGAUCGAGUCCAAACAGAGGAAACUCAACUCGAUCGAGCUGAGGGUCGAGUUGACCUGGAGGAGCCCCUGUUUGAGAUCCGGAUUCGAGUACGAUCCCAGUACCAGGACUUCUCUCAGACUUGGACCCCUACACAGCUACGAGCACCAAGCUCCACCAAGGCCAAGGAAGCCACACCCACUUUGAAGAUGAAGAAGAGGAGGAAGAGGAGCCACAAGCUCGAUCGAGUGAGCCGAAACCCAGUUGAGUGGAGUGCUCCUGAUGGCCGUCUACCAUCUCCAGACCACGACCUAGCCUCCCAGUUCUUUGGGGGGCACUGA